GCCACUAACCUGCACUUUGUGAGGAAGCGUGUGUUGUUUAGUUACAAAGCGGGGAGUUAGUUUGGCGCAAUUUUUAACAUGUUAAUGUCUUUAAACUCGUUUCUUUAUAGAGUGGAGACUGUUUAAUAUUACAGACAGCUUUCUAACCAUUAAAUAAAGCUACAGCAGCUGUUAAAGACCCGCUGAGAGGACAUGGAUGAGAGUGAGGCGCACUCGCAGAGACUGAAAGCAGCUGUUCACUACACAGUUGGAAAAAUUUGCAAGAACCUAACCUCGGAGUAUGAGCGAGAAUUCAGCCGACAGGCAGUUGCAGCUAUGGCUGAAAUCACAUUCAGGCAGUGUGAUACAUUUGCCAAGGACCUGGAAGCCUUUGCCAGGCAUGCAAAACGACAGAACAUUAACAUGGACGAUGUAAAACUUCUCGCAAGACGAAGCACAGCACUGUAUAACUACAUCCAACAGAAGAGCGAAGAAGUUGCACAAACAAAUCAAGAACUGAAGGAGAAGCGAAAGAAGAAUGCUGCCAGGAGGAAGACCAAAAGUGUAGAAGAUAAUGAGGCAAAUGAGGAUGCAAUGGACACUGAAGUGACAACCUAAUUGCAUGGCCAGUGGAAGAUAAUUGAGUAUAACUAGGAAGAUAUGUAUAAUAAAAUGUGCAUACAUUUGUUAAUUUUUCCCCUUGAAGAACAUUUAUUCUAAUGGGAGAAAUGAGGAACUUUGAAUAAUUCACUCACAAACAUGCAUCCAGGUUGUUAUUUUAUUGUAAUACAGAGUGUGCAAAACAGUUUUCCACUGCCUGUGAAUGUAAGAAAUUGUAACCGUAUAAAACACUGUUCAAUUUUGAUAUAAAACUGUUGAAUGCCAAGACAUUUGGUAAAUAGAUUUGUGACCUACAUCCUUUCACAUCCACAGAUGCCACAUUUUCUAGACUGCUUUGACCAAAAAAUGAAAAUGGAGACACUAAAAUCACAAAAGCACCAAUUAUUGCAUUUCAGUGUACAAAAUCAGUCCCUGGUCAUAUUUUGCAUCUAAAUGAUUAGAUUACUGUUUUGGGUCCAGAUUAAGCCUAUUUUAAAUCGUGCAUUUAAAGCAUCUAACAAAUGUGUCAUUCAAACAAACCACAGCCAAGCUUAAUCUGGCUCCAAAAAAGCCCAAUGCAAGGUGCCUGUAGAUCAGCUAAAUUAUACGGUGUCCAUUUCUGUUACCAGAGACGCUAAUGGUGUAAUGGGCAACCAGACACUCCUCCAUCUUCUGCUGUCCCCAAACAGACUUUCCACUUGGGGUUCAGGCACAACCCGCAGCCAGCCAUAUCCCAGGCCCCUAAAUGUGUGAAUUGAGUUAGUUUUCUGUUUUUUUCCAUAUAUCAUUUAAGGUCAAUCCAGUAUGAGAUCUAGUCAAAUAUUUUUUUUUAUUGAAGCACUCCCUUCAUUUGACAAGCCAUAUAAAAUGCCUUUGAAAACAUUUAGCAAAUGUUAUCUAUAAGGAAUUCAAUCCACAGACAUUCACAGCACUCAACAUACAGGUCACACUUACACCAUCACUCGUUCUCACCCCCCUCAGCGUCCACUGACGAGGUCAUCCACAUCAAAGUUCACACUUACAGGUCAAGUUACAAGGAAAUAAAGCACACACACCAUACAGCAUUCAUAUCAGAUUAUAUAAGCAAGACAAAAAAAAUAUUUCAUCACAACAUUCCACUAGCUACUUAAACACAUUGUCAGUCUACUGUAGGAGAAAAGGAAAAUGGGAGGCCUAAAGGGGAGGGGGGGAAUAUCCUUUAGGGUACAGGUAAACUAAUUGUCCAUGUAUUGGGGGUUGUAUAUAGGUAAAGCUGGGAAUUGUCAAGCUCUCAAUCACACGCUCACAAAAGCCACCCACUGCAGUCACAUUUGAGCUCUUUCAUUGCACUCGCAUCAGUCUUUUUCGCUCGCUCGCUUCCACGCUUUCCUCUCUCCGUUCGCUCACUCGCAGCCUUCUCACUCUUCUCCACCACCAAUCGCACUCAAGAGUUGUUAAAAUUGUUCAUUUUCAGCGUAGUUCUUGUCAAUCAGAAAAAAGGAAGUUGAUUAAAACAAAGGAGACACCCACCGUGUCAGCGAGCCGUGCGAUGAGAGCUUUUAGACAUGGGGAAGAAGGUGGGAUUAUGAUCUCAGCCACACAGUGCUGCCACAGAGGGCCUUCUUCCCAGGCAAAACCCGCAGCUGGUAACUGCAGAAGAGAUUUCGAUGGAGGCUUUUAAAUGUAUUUUUACCAAACAGUUUUGCAAACAAUGCUGAACUCAAAAGAUUGCAGGUUUCAACCAGAUUCUUUCCAAUGCAAGCUUUUAAAAAAGAUCAGUGGAUAUUUUGGUCUUUUCGCAUGCAUGUUCAAUGACCACUGUUUAAAUCGCAUGCAUUCUAAGAAUCCAGUUGAACUGUAAUUUCUCCCUACUCCCAUGCAAUCAAUACAACAAUGUAAAGAAAAUAAAAAAAAAGUUACACCAAAGAUGAUGCAUUUCUGUGUAACACUCUGAUUAACAUAGCUCACUUUAAACACUAAAUUUAAUCUCUUGUUUAAAUGUACAAAACAAUCUGCUUUCCCUCC